GCCUUGGGGACAAUGAGGACGUCCAGGUGAUCUGCUGCCAGCUGUUGCAGGACCUGUUCUCGUGGACAUUCGUCCUGUUCCGUGUGAUUGGCAGGAUCGGGGACCUUGUUGAGCCUUUCGACCGCUGUAUCAUGAGGUGCAUCAAGCAGGUCCAG